UCUGUACGCGUGCGCACGCCGCCGUGCGUUUGACGUUCCAUUUUCAAAAACUCGAAACGAUACGGUGUACACGUUCGUCUGUGGUCGAUUUAUGAAAAUUUUAAUUCAAACUUCAAAUGUGGAAGCAGUUACAGUUUGUGUGCCAGUUACAUUAAGAAUUGUAAAAUAAGGUAAUUGCGAGGAAUAGACAAGUGCAUGGCUAUUGUUUGCUUUGUUGACGUGCACCAGCUGUCAAAAUAUAAUACAGAUUAUCAAGGUACUUGUUGGGGGCAGUCACCUUACGAAUACAAUCAUUAUAACUUUGCAAAUGUUAUUCUUCCAUUGAGCUGACCAUUAGCGAUAAGGUCCACACCGUACUGGUAACCUACAUAUAAUAGUUGUACCAGAUACCAGCGAAAAUCAAGAUCCAAUCAUUGAAAAUUGGAACGAACGAUGACUGAUUAGACAUAACUGGCCACACGCCGACUCAUAGGCAGUUUAAAAAGAAAAAAUAAAAAACAUAAUGUGGCGGGAAACGGCGCCGAGUUGAUUCGAUAUUUGAAAAUGUCAAUGAGCGUCACUUAAGAAAAGAAAGAUGGCGCACAAAUUAAAGAAUAAUCAUUAUGUGGCUACGCACAGAUCUGGCGUAGAUUCGCCGUCGUCCGGAGGAUUUUUGCCGAGAGCAGCGUCCAGAGACGAAAACGACAGCCACCGAGCUCCUUCCGAAAGAACAUUAUCUGAAUAUACGACAAUGGACGAGAGAACCCGAUCGCCUUCUGGUGAACACAGAAAUGGUGAACACCGUAAUGGUGAUCACAGGAACGGCGACCAUCGGAAUGGUGACCACCGGAACGGUCGGCGGUCGCACCCCAACGGUUCACCACGCGCCGACUCUGGUUCCGAUGUGUACGUGACCAGUGCUGCCUACCGUCCACCAUCUGAAAUGAGUCGACAAUCGCGAGCUCCGCGCAGCGUGUACUCAUACAGAAGUGCGGUGGCGCCAUCUGUGGCGUCUACCCACAGAUCCAAAGUUUCGAGAAAGGCUGGUGUGAAAGUAGAUGCCAUGGCCGCUCCCAAUCCCUUCUGUCCGAACGUGAAGGGCAUGUGCUGUCUGAUGCUACUACUUAACCUGGGACUGAUCCUGGUGACGCUCGGUUUCGUCAUUGUGCUGCAAUUCUUCGAGCCUUUGUUUGUAUGGAUUUUGGGCAUAGUAUUCCUCAUAUUCGGCUUCAUCACGCUCCUCGGCAGCCUCAUAUACUGCGUGGUGCUUUGUCGAGAGAACCCUUACCCGAGGUAUCCCGACGACUUCUACUGGACUCAUCACUGGUCUAAAACCAUAGGCCCUUCGGAGAUCCACUACAGCACCAGCGAGAAACAGUACAGACAGAAUAACCACAACGACAGAUACAACAAAUAUAAUGGCAAAUAUUCAGACCGGGAAAGUGCUAAAGGCUAUUCUGAUAGAGAAAGCAAAUUGAGUAGGUACUAAUUCAUAUUAAUGGUAGUUAACAGGUUUAAUUCGUCUAUCGAACGCAGGGUUCGAUUUUUAAAAUGUGAUUUUACGGCCCGGGCACACUGUACUUUGGAAAUUUGUAUUUUUGGCGCGAAGAUCGUCGUGUCGCCAUAGAUAAAGAAUUACUUUUUAAAUGUGUGUAACCGGUUGGGACACAUUUCUGUAUAAAUUAAGAAAAUUAAUACUGUAGGUAUCUUAAUGUCAAUAUUUGAUAGAUAUUGAUAAAAAUAAUAGUAUUAUUAUAGAUACCUUUUUAAAGAUGUUAUAAGAUUACUGAUUCAGUAAAUAAUGUUAUUUACUUAAAUGCUUUACUAAUGUAUAAAUAAUAUAAACAUAUCAACGCUCUUAAUUUCCCAAAAUGGGGGGAAAUAUAAGUUUUCUUUUCAUUUAUGAUGUAUGAUAUGGUGCACUCACCAGCACUAAGUGUAUACGCUGGGCAAUGGUGGAUAACCAUAGAAUAAUCAAAGCAUGAAGCCAGGCCAGUCAUCUUAGUGGAGAAUUCACUAGGUAUCAUCUACGGCGGAACGCGGUUUUUUUUUAUUUAUUAUGCUUUGCGGCUAUGGCUACAAGUCCUUUCGAGCCCAAACAUAAAACAUUGCUUGUAAUGUAACCAGUCUUCAAUAAUAAAGAUACCCAAUACAAUAGUUGACAUAUAUAUAAUUAAAUAUGUUUUACAUUUAUUAAUAACUAGUAACAUUUUUGUCUUCCUCGAAGUACACGAACUUGUACGGUUAUAACAUUACAUGUAAAUAAUAAUUUUAUUGUAAUUAAGUAUAUUAGCUAACUCUUUGAAUUGAAUGCCAUAUUAAAUUAAUAUUAACUGUUUUUCAAAGAGUGUUUAUUUUAUAAUGUAAAUCUACUUAUACGUAAUAAAUGUAAAGGUCCAGAUUUUAUUCAUAUACAUUUUAUAAAGCUAAAUAACCUGGCCAGACGAGAGACGCCUCAUUUUUUCGGACCCUCAAAGGGUUUAAAUAAAUACAACAUAUAAAGAUAUUUUAUGUCCUUCGCGGAAUAACGCGGACAGAACUCUCGUCUGCAAAUGGCCUUCGCAAACUUAAACUGUAUACUAAUUUAAGAGAAAAAUGUUAGAAAAGAGAGUUUAAAAUGAAAGCUUUAAAGAUUAUGAACCCUUUUUGGUUUAGUUAAGACAGUUUAUUGCAUGCGAUUUAUAUUUAAGAUAAAUUUCAUUUACACUUUUAAAAAAAUGUACGAAUGAUACCAAGAAAUUAUGUAAUAAAUUUUUUUAUACAUUGCAAAAUCAAAUUCCAAAACCUAACCUAACCUAAUCCCCUAUACGUUAAUAAUAAAAACGUAUUUAUUAUUGAUACUUUAAACACUAAAGUAAUACUUGUACUUACCAUACCAUACCAAUGCUUUUUUGAAAUCUGAAAUAAACUACGGAUAUAAUCGGUAAUAAAAAAUAAUUAUAUUGUCUAUGCAUAAUUUUGUACUUACCAUUUACUCUAUUUCAGAUAAAUAGGUAAUAUUCUUUACCCUCAAUAAUGCAUAAAUUCUGAAAUAUUCCACAUAUUUGAUCGCAAUAAUUGUAAUGAUAUUAUAAUCAGUUCUAAUACGAUUGGUGUUAUAUAAUUUGAAUUGUCUAUGUACAAAAAAUGACCUUAACUCCAUAAUCUGUUAAUGAGACCAAUGUAUCUCUUUAAAAGUAAUUAUAAAAUAAAAUGCUACUUAACAGAAGCGCAUUUCAUUACACCCUUAAUAGAUAAAUGAUUUAUCUAUUACUAAAGUAAAAUAUUGAAUUAUAAGGCGGAAACAUAUAGUGAUUUAAAUAUAGCACAAUA